UUUUUUUCAUGCAAAGCGCCUAGCAUUUAAAUAGACUUUACUGCAACCCACUGCCUACAGUUGAAUUUUGUGUUUUACAAUUACAGUUGAAAUCAUAUAUCAGCACUAUAUAAAUAAAAAUAAAAUCAGUUCAAAUAUUAUUGUGAUUUUCAAGUCUUCAGAUUUUGAAAAAAUGACCUCUGCAAAAAAUUUUCUAUACUUCUGUCUUUAUUUAUCUUUGCCCUGAUAAAGGAUAGUUUGUCUAUAUUAACAGCAAAAGGAAAAACAUCAGUUUUCCAUGUUGAUUUAGAUGACUUGGGCCCAAUCGAAAAAUAUAAAUCUGAAUAUCCACCAUAUGUACCUUCAAUAUUGGUAAAAUGCUUCGGAGAAUUAGAUAGUAGAGAACAAUCCAAGGAACAGUCUGAACAACUGUAUUCAGUAGACAGUGGUAUAGAAUCUGCUAAAGAAUUGACGGAAAAAUUGCUUGAUGAAAAUACUAAUGUUGAUCUAUCGUUAUAUUCAGUACCAGUUAUUGCCAAAACUGUCAUAUACUUUCUAAGUAAUCUGCAAGAGUCUAUUAUUUCUCCGAAUUCGAUGUAUGAAUUGACACAUGCUGUACAACAAUCAAACGAAAUAGAUAAAGCAGUAAAACUUAAAAUUUUCAUUAAGAACCUUCCAGAAUUACGACGAAAUACACUUGCAUUGAUAAUUAUUCAUUUAAAACGAAUUGCAAAAAAAAGUAAUUACGAUCUGAAAGUAAUGAGUUAUAUUGAAACGAUAUUUGGACCAACUUUGAUUCGAAUCGAUGUUCAUAAAAUACCACACUAUAAACCAGGGGGCAUCUAUCAUGAUUAUUUGCUCAAAAUUAUUUCGGAAUUUUUAAAUCUUUCAUUCAUGUACUGGAAUUCCAUUAUCGAUUAUGAAUCCAUUACUGCUCAAAAACCGAUUUUACGAAAAAGAAAUGAUUUAGAGUCCUCUAUGGAGAGUGCUUCAGAUAGUGCGUCUUCAGAACAGAUGGUAAUGAAAGAUAGAAGAAGGGGUGGAACAUUUAAUUUUGAAGAUAUUGCAAUGAAAGAGAGAAGGGGUAGAACAUUUAAUUCUGAAGAUAUUUCAAUGAAAGAGAGAAGAAGGGGUAGAACAUUUAAUUUUGAAGAUAUUUCUGAGAUGAAUUAAUCAAUGUAAUUUAUCCGAAAAUAAAUGAAAGACAAUAAAAGAUUUAACAAGUGA